AUGGGAAUAGUGACGUCAAUAUUUGGUCCUAGGGAUCCUAAAACACCAGUGAAAGGUUUUUUUCCGAGGAUAAAGAAUAUUUUAAAGGAGCAUCAUAGAGGAGUCAUUGGAGUUCUGGUGCCGAUAUUACUCUUGUCGUGGCAGCCUGAAAAAAACCGGCAUGACAUAACCGUUAAAUGCAUGUGGAUCAUGAUGUUUUGGUUUUUCUUGUGGCAACCGGUGAAUGUGCCAGUGGUGGGUUUGGUGCCGGUAUUCCUUUUACCUAUGGCCGGUGUGAUGGCCACUGCGGAUGUGUGCUCGGCCUAUUUCAACGAAAAUAUAGCAUUGUUUAUUUUAUCCGGAAUGGUAUUACUGCUACUGAAUAUGUCUAACGUGGAUCGAAGGAUAAUCCUAUGGCUGUUAUGUUCGGGUGAUAAUUGUCAGUUUUCAGGCAAAAGGCUGGUAUUCAAAUCUAGUGUUGCCGCUUUUUUCCUUUCGAUGUUUUCUAGUCGACUCAUUGUAACCUCAAGUAUAGUUCAGUACUUAACACCAGCCUAUAUGAGUUUGCAGUCAUCCACGGCAAGAUACAGAGAUACAGAACCGAAUUAUGACACAAUGCGACACGUUGUUUUAAACUCGGUUCAAACAGCGUCUGCCAUAGGAAGCACAGCCAUUAUGCACUCGGCAUAUGCAACUUUAGCUAUGAGAGCGGUUUUUGCUGCACAAGGUGACAAAAACGUAGAAUACCCGGAUAUAUUCAACUUUAUGCAAUGGUCAUUCUUUGCGUUUCCCAUCGCCUUUUUGAUGUUUAUUCUAAAUAUGUGUUACCACAUGCUGUUGAUAAACUGGGUAGUUGGAAAACCUAUGAGUGCAAGCAGCAUGACAGAGAUGAGGAAUUUGUUAUUGAAAUGCAAGGCAAAUAUCCCCAAACGCGUUUCUCGUCACGAGAAGUUGACAGUUUUGGGGUCUAUCCUUUAUGUAGCCGCAUUAUUCUUCCGUUGGAGCCGCUGGUCUUCAGUCUCGUGGUCCAAGUUUCAGACAGUUCCGAAUUACGAUAACAUACCUAUGAUAAAAGAUGGGACAGUGGCAGCCAUUUUUGUGCUAGCACUACAUGUAAUACCAAGGACCUGUGGUUGGGCGCGUAUUCUGGCAGCCGAUAAAAAAAGUGAAUGUGGUUCACUUAAGCCAGAUUCUGCUAUAAUGUGGUGGCGUUUUGUGGACAAGAAUUCAAAUUAUGGAUACAUAAUUUUAUUAGGUUCAGGUAUCGCUCUAAAUCGAGCAGUUAUACAGAGCGGCUUAAAUGCCAAAGUUAUAAGCGACUAUGGGACCUUUAUAACUAAUCAACCCUGGAACACUCAGAUGUUGUACAUCAGUGCAAUAUCCGCUGUUUUAUCAAAUAUAAUGAGUGGAGUUGCUGCUUGUAUUAUCUUUUUACCAUUAGUUCUGAAUAUGGGUGUAAGGGAAGGAGAAACGCCUAGUCGAUGGGCCAAAGAAAGCUAUUUGGGAGCAAUCGGUGUGGGCUACGCGUCGUCGUUUGGAUUUAUGAUACCGUUUUUGUAUACACCUGCGUAUUUUUGUCAUUAUACAGGGAAAGUGCCAAUUAAGAAGAUGAUUAAGUACUCGAUAGGCUCCCUCAUUAUCUGUGUGAUUAUAUUGUGGAUUGCGCUAUGCGUAUGGGCGCCUGUCAUAUGGGAUCCCAACGGGACUGGCUUCGAGCCGGUGACUAUAGCUGCCGCGGCUGCGGAGGCGCCGCCCGCGGAGGGAGGGGGAGAGGGCGGCGAAGAAGGGGGGGGUGAAGGCUUGCGAUGA